ACUCCUCCCGUGCCAUCGACCUUCACCUCCAGCUCUCCAAGCCCCAGAACCUUAUCUCCAUCCAAAUCCUCAUCCCAUCCCGAGCGAGCGUCAUGGCCGCCGCUCUCUUCUCCACCUCCAUCUCACCCGCCUUCCUCGCCCUAUCCUCCCCGAAGCCCGCCGCAACCGCGGCCUCCGCCUUCCUCCCCUUCAGGCUGCCGCUGCGCUCUGUGUCGGCGCCGGGGAGGCGGGUGUUCGAGCCCGUGGCCGUCGCGGUGUCGUCGGAGUACGAGACCGAGGGCGCGGAGCAGGAGGAGGAGGGAGCCGAGGAGUUCUCUGAGGACCUGAAGCUGUUCGUCGGAAACCUGCCGUUCAGCGUCGACAGCGCACAGCUCGCCGGGCUCUUUGAGCAGGCCGGCUCCGUCGAGAUGGUCGAGGUUGUAUAUGAUAGAAUGACUGGACGAAGCCGUGGAUUUGGAUUCGUGACAAUGUCCUCAGCUGAAGAAGCCGGAGCCGCUGUUGAGCAAUUCAAUGGUUAUACAUUUCAAGGAAGACCACUGAGGGUGAACUCCGGGCCACCACCGCCUAGAGAUGACUCCGCACCAAGAGCACUGAGAGGCGGCGGUGGCGGUGGAAGCUUUGCAGAUUCAGCAAACAAAGUCUAUGUGGGGAAUCUCGCAUGGGGUGUCGACAACUCGACGCUUGAGAACUUGUUCAGUGAGCAAGGGCAGGUGCUUGAUGCUAAGGUCAUCUACGAUAGGGAGAGCGGCAGGUCAAGGGGAUUUGGUUUUGUCACCUAUGGUUCCUCUGAGGAGGUCAACAAUGCUAUAUCAAACCUCGAUGGCAUUGACUUGGAUGGCAGACAGAUCCGAGUCACGGUUGCGGAAUCAAAGCCGAGGCGUCAAUUUUGAAAUUUCAUGAUGGUGAUUUAGAGGUUAAUAGUGUGUUUCGCCAAGUGUUAGUUCCUAGCUACUAUUCUUGCCACCAUAUUAUGAGUAAAAUGAAAAUUUGGAUGGUGAGCGACUGGAAGUGAAAUUGUUGUAUACGGGGAGAAUUUCCCAGCCUGCAAUGAACACAAACGCUCUUAUGCUCAUUUCGCUUUCAAAGAGAAGUAGAAAUCUUUUUGUC